GUACAUUAACCAUUCACGAUGAAAGAGAUGUGCACUGGGCCCUUUACCAGGGCAUUUGCUGGAGAACUCAUUGGUACUUCGAUAUUUGUCUUUUUUGGCCUGGGUUCUGCAAUGAGUUGGCCGUCAGCACUUCCAACUGUUCUGCAGAUUGCUUUUACUUUUGGCCUGGGCAUAGGGACUCUUGUUCAAACCUUUGGGCACAUCAGUGGUGCCCAUCUCAACCCAGCCGUUACUGUAGCUUUCCUGGUGUCAUCACAGAUCUCCUUCUUCCGUGCAGUUUGCUACGUUUGCGCACAGUUGCUGGGAGCAGUUAUUGGAGCUGCUUUACUCUAUCAGUUCACUCCUGAAGAUGUUCAUGGUAGCUUUGGAGUCAAUAUGCCUAGUAAUAAUGCAACGGAAGGGCAAGCUGUAACUGUGGAAAUCAUCCUGACCCUACAACUAGUGCUCUGCAUUUAUGCCUCUACUGAUGACAGGCGGGAUGACAAUGUGGGGUCUCCAUCACUUUCUAUUGGGCUCUCUGUUGUACUGGGUCACUUAGUUGGGAUUUAUUUUACUGGCUGUUCAAUGAAUCCAGCUCGCUCAUUUGGACCAGCUCUGGUUGUUGGAAAUUUUAACACGCACUGGAUCUUCUGGAUUGGACCUUUGGUGGGGGCUAUCCUAGCAUCCUUGAUCUAUAAUUAUGUACUAUGUCCACAAGAGCAAAGCUUCUCUGAGAAGUUGUCUGUCCUCCUAGGACGAAUCCCAGCUAUGCAAGAAGAGGAAGAAGAUUGGGAAGAAAGACAGGAACAGCCUAGGAGAAAGUCUAUGGAACUUCAGACACUGUAACCACUACAGCUAUUGAUAGAUAGAAAAGAACUGUCACGUCAAUCUAACUUAUCAUAUAGAAAAUUGUAGUAGC